AUAAAAUGGAAAGCUCUGUUAGCGAUCAUCACGAAAGAAAAUCCAAGGUUAUUGAACAAGAGACAUCGAUCUUAAUGAAGAGCAAAGAGGAUGACUACAAGAGGUGCAAAGACGUUUUCUAUAAAUUUGAGGAAGACGAAUUGAAUAUCAAAUUAUUGAGAUCUUAUUACCCAGAAGGGUCUGAAAAAUCUGAAGUAUCUGAAAGAUCUGAAGGAUCUGAAGAAUCUGAAGAAUCUGAAGAAACUGAAUUCAAUUUCUGGCUCGAAGAUACGGAGAAUUUUGAUUAUAUAAAGGAACUGUGCCCUCUCAAAUUCUUUGAUAUUGAUAAGAUUUCUUUAUACUCCAUAAAGCUCAAAGAUAAGCAGAUUCGUAAUUUUAUUAAGUAUUCUUUCCCAGAUAAACUAAAUGCUGUUUGGGCCUCUUUUAGGCCUACUGAGAUGAUUAACAACUCAAAAUAUUUCAAGUACAUAAUAAGCCUCAGCUCGAAAGACUUAAAAGAGGUCAGAUUAUCUAAUUUGUGCUUCAGCAGUUCUCAGUUUAAGAAGUUGAUUACCUCUUUCAGACAUGUGAAAAUGUUAGAUGUCAAUUUAUGCAGACUCUCUAUCCCAACUCCUCCCGACUUUUCGAGCUCUCUGAAGAACUCUAAAAUCGAUAAUUUUGAAUUUUCUGGUUCAACAGAUAAAUACAAUAUCGAUUGCAAGAACAGUCUCAAUGACUUCAAGAAUCUAAUCGAAGGAUUAGGCACAUCCCCAGAUUUCAGAAAGAGUCUUAAAGAAAUAUUCAUUGGAUCUUGGGGAGCUGAUUAUGAAGAGGCUUAUGAAUUCUUCCAACAGAGUAAAUUGAGCAAAGCUCAUCUUAAAAUUUGAAUUUAAAGCCACUUAGUUACACCAAAAA